AUGAUGAAUAAUCCAACAGAUGAAAUCGAAGUCUCUUCAUCAUCUAAAAACAUCAUAUCAGCUACACGCUCAUACUCAAUUCGUGUUACUCAGCAAUUAAAUUUAUUUUCUGAUAAUCCAUUUUGGUCAUCAACAUUAAGUGUUUCUGAACAAAUUCUUAGUACUCGACUUUUCCUUGUAUUAAUUUCAAUAUCUUUAUUAACUGUUAUUGGUUAUGCUAGUUUAACAAUUCGAACAUAUGAUGUAACUCUAAAUAAAUUUUCUUUAUCUGAUUUUGAACGACUUGAAGUUCUUUAUCGAAGUACAAUUAAAGCUCCAUGUACUCAAGUAUCAAUACCUUUUAAUAAAUUUUUGAAUUUAUCUUCUCAAUUUCAUCCAGUAUGUUCAAGUCCAUUUAUACGAAGAAAAUGGAUAUCUUCUUUAUUUCUUUUCAAUGUAACAUCUCAUAAUAUUUUGGAUUAUCGUACAUUUGCUUUUGCUCAAUAUCGUUCUCUUCGUUUACUUUGUCAUUUGUCACGUCGAGCUGUUAAUGAUGCAUGUCGUGCAUAUAAUACUACGCAUUUAAUUGAUCGUAAUGCUUUUUCACGAGUUCAAUUUAAUGAAAUAGCUUCUAUUCUUGUUGCUAAUCUUAAAAGAAAUGUUUUGACUAAUGAAAAACGAACUGCAAAUGUAGUAUCGAUGAUAACAGCACAGAAUCAAUUAUUAUCAGCUUUACGUACAAAUUAUUACAUUCAUUCUGUACCUGGCUCAAGACAAUAUUUAACAUAUAAUGCAGUUUAUUUAGAACAAAAUGGAACAGAAAAAUUAUCUUGUGAUUGUAGACUAAGAGGAAAUCAAUGCACAUAUCCAGCUGGUGCUUUUUAUAAUUGGUCUUUACCUGAGCUAGGAAAACCAGCUAAAAAUGAUCCACCACCUGAAUUUCAGAUUCCUGGACUGAUGGCUGGAUGUAUGCCACUUGAUUCCAUACGUCAAUCAACUCUUGAAUGUUUAUAUAAUCAAUCAUGUAUAAAUGCAAUAUCACUUCAACCAAAAAUUUCUCAACCAAAAGCUUUGAAUACAUCUUUAUCUGGAUUUCCAAUAAAUUCAACAAUAGGUUCAAUGUUUGAUGAAUCUUUAUUUGUUGAAUUUUGGCAAAAUCAAUCGAAUUUUGAAAAUUAUUUCGCUGCUUGUGCACCUCAAUCACUUUCGUAUAGUUAUGAAAGUCGAUUUCAUAUUGGUACAAUUAUUACUAUGAGUGUUAGUGCUUUCGGUGGUCUUGUUCUUGCUUGGCAAUUAAUUACGCCAGCUCUUGUUCACAUUUGGAAACGAAUUCAAUGGAAAAAACUACAAACUCGUAAAUUUACAACUGCACAAAAAACUGAUGUAGAGAUAGAAAUUACGAAAAUGGUACCAAAACCAAUAAAUAAAGCUGUCACUGCUCAUGUUCAUCGAACAAUUCAUAAUUUUAACUUAUUUCCAUCAGAUAACAAAAAUGAUUUAGAGAAAGAAUGUAUUGGCAUCAUUGCUACUCGUCUUUAUAUUUUCUUAACACUUGUUGGUCUUAUAAUUCUUGGUUUUUAUACAUCUUUUUCAAAACGUGGUCAUACAUUUACAGUUGAAUGGCCUUCACUUUUGCAAUUUGAAGAACUACAUUCAAUGCAUUCGUCAACAUUGAAUUGUCCAUGUUCACGUUUUUCAAUGUCAUAUGCUCGAAUAAUGUCUCUCUCUCCACGUUAUCAUUCGAUAUGUUCAAGUGAAUAUCUUGAAGAACAUUGGUUAUCUUAUUUUGGUCAUGUCGAACUUGAUGUUGAGAGUAUUUUAUUUUUAUCAACUGAUUUUCGAGUUAGUGGUCAAUCAUUUUUUGAUUUAAUGCGCAUAUUAUGUGAAACAUCACGCGAAACAGUUGAACAUGCAUUAAGAAUAUUUCAAUCGAAUCGAUUAGUUACAAUGAAUGCAUUAUCACGUUCACAAUUUAAUAUUGAAACUAUGACACGUAUGAAACAAUUUGAAAAACGAACAAUAACUUCUUUUGUUGAUCUGAUCGAAUUAGUUCGUUCAUCAAUUCAAACAAAUCAAUUAGCUGAUGUAACUUGGACAAAUGUUGGACCUUUAUCACAAUAUAAUAAUGAAACAUCCAAAUGGUCAUUUCGUUUUCGAUCAAGAAAUUUUUAUACUAAUUCAUGUUCAUGUGCUGUAUCAAAUCAAUGUACUCGUUCUGUUGGUUUUUAUUUUCAAACAGAUACAAUUCGUUCUCAACCUAAUAUAACUGUACCUGGUCUAGUUCUUGGUUGUUAUACCAUUGAUUCUCUUCUUUUGUCUACAUUAGAAUGUUUUUACGAUAAACAAUGUGUUAAACUUGUUGUUGAUAGUUACGACUUUGAUGUUGUUGGUUUAGUUCGACCAUUAAACAGUCAUGCUGUUCAAAUAGAACCACUUCGAAAUGAGAAUAGUCGUUUUUAUCCAAAUACAACAAUAAAUGAAAUUUUUUCACAAUUAUUUGUAGAAGAUUGGAUUAAUUCAAGUAAUUUUACAUCAUAUUAUACACGAUGUGCACCUACACAAUGUACUUAUACUAUACGAGAACAUAUUAGUCUGACUUAUAUGUUGACUAUGAUGCUUGGAUUUUAUGGUGGAUUAAGUGCUAUUUUAGAAAUAGUUUUACCGCCGAUUGUUAAGGUAAUUUUACAGCAAUGGUCAAAACGAAAAAAACGAAUACAAUUAGACAAUCUUAAUAAUAUCACAAUAGAUACAAUAAUGGAUUCUUCAUCAAAAGAACCAUCUCAUUCUUCUAAGAAUACUUCUGAAAAAUUGUUAUCAUUGAACUUAUUUGAGAGCAAGCAAUCUUCGACAGAGAAACGAUUUCUACAUGAAGAAAUCAUUGCUACUCGCAUUUAUAUAUUUCUAUUCCUAUUAUGUUUAAUUGCUACCAUUAUUUAUUCUGGUCCAUUCAGUAAUGAAACAAAAUUGAUCGAAGUAAAAUCUCCAACAAUGAAUAUUGUCAAUGAUCUUCAUCAGAAAAAUAUUUCAAGUCUUUCAUGUCCUUGUUCAAAAGUAGCUAUUCCUUAUUCGAGAUUUCUAUCAAUAAAACCAGAUUAUCAUUCAAUAUGUUCAAGUGAAUAUGUUUCUCCAUUAUAUAGUAUUAAUUUAUUAAACAAAAAUGAUAGUUCAUCAUUAGCAUUAAGCACUCACUAUCGUGUAUUACGUUCACUUUGUCAAUCAUCUCAUCGUUUUAUCGAAAAUGCUGAAGAAGUUUUUGGUACUCGUGAACUGAUUAGCAUAGAAACAUUAACUCGCUCUUCAUUUGAUUUUCAAAUACAAGCGUUAAUUUCAACAUUCAUUUCUCAAACUCCAGCUGAUUAUCGUCGAACACUUUCAUUUAUAGUUAAUUCAUUUAGUACUAAUCAACUAUUACAUCUUUUUACAAGUAACUGGCAAAUUAAUUUUAGUGAUGAAAAUGAAAAUUAUAUAAUGAAAACAUUUCCACAACAUUUUUCAUCAUCAAACUGUAGUUGUGCAAUAUCAUCAAAUUGCAGUGAACAAUUAACAGAUGAUAUUCUUACUGGUUGUUUUCCUUAUUAUGGAUUUCGUUUAUCGAAAUUUCAAAAUUUAUCAUUAGGAAAAUUAAGUGAUGAUUUAUUUAUAGAAACAUGGAAUAAUAAAAGUAAUUAUACAAAUUAUUUUGAAGCAUGUCAACCAUUAGAAUGUCGAUAUACAAUAUCGGAUAAAAAUAAUUCCAUAUUUAUAUUAACAACACUUUUAGGAUUAUACGGAGGUUUGAAAUAUUUUUUACGUUUGUUUACCGAUCAAUCAUUACUUGCUUAUCGAUGGUGGAUUAAAAAUUCAUUGAAAGCAACAAAUACAAUCGAAAUUAGCUGA